GGGUUGCACGUAUACUUGGCCACCACGCAUAUUUCUUUCCGUUUUUUUCAUAAUAACAUCCCAAAAUAUAAAAACACUUGGCGAGCACGUCAAGAGCAUUUAUUGGUCGAAUCAUAUCGGAUCGUGUCUCUAUCAAUAAAAGCCCAUACCAGUAGCCUGUAAAUUAGCAGUCGAGAUUGGAAAGAUCGGGAAACGAGAGAACGGAAGAAUGAAGCAGAUCUUCGUGAAAACUUUGACGGAGAAGACAAUCGCUCUCGAGGUCGAGAAUAGCUACACCAUUGACAAUGUCAAGGCUGAGAUCCAAGAGAGGGAAGGAAUUCCAUCUGAGCAGCAGCGGUUGAUGUUUGCCGGCAAGCAACUUGAAGAUGGAAGAACUGUGGCUGACUACAACAUCCAGAAAGAAUCAACGCUUCAUCUGGCGCUGAGACUUGUGGGAGGGGGGCGUGGAACAAUCAAGCUUGCUCCAGGAAUAAGGGCUAUAGCUCAAAAAUACAAUGAGCACAAGCAAAUCUGCCGCAAGUGUUAUUCCCGUCUUCCUCUGAAAGCCACAAACUGCAGGAAGAAGAAAUGUGGUCACACCAAUGAGUUGAGGCCCAAGAAGCCAUUUGACUCUAAGCUAAGCCACUAGACGAACCGAAGAACCAAUAUUAUGCGUUUCGUGCUAGUUAUUUGUUUACCUAGUCGUUAAGUCUUAUACGGAGUGUUAUGGACUUUGGAUGGUUUGGAUGUUACUUUAUUUGAAAACAUGGAUGCUCUUUGUUCGCAAUGCAGUUUCGUUUGUCUUUUAUUCGAGUGUGUAAUAUUAAUUCUCCAUUCACCCAUUUAACUCCGUUCGGGAUUGUUUAAUUUCUUACUCCAUCAUUUCAUUCAUUUUGUCGCAGAGUUGGGAUGGGGGGAGGGGCAAGGAAGCGUAUACCAUACAGCCGGCUGUACGGCUGGCACCGUACAGCCGGUGGCAAUUUUCUAAUUUUGAUGAAGUUCGUGGUUUCUCGUAAAUGAGCAUUGAUGUAAUUUUGAUGAUUAUCGAGCAUGUUCUUCUGAGUAUUAUGAGCCUAACAAUGAGCACCAGUGAUCUCUGC